UCCUGUUUCAGCCAGUCUGUCUGCCUCCUAGCGUAGUACUCUGCUUUCACUCACCAUUAUUCAUCGCCAUCUAAGGAUAUAUAUAUAUAUUUACACAAACCCACAGAGGCAGACGGAGCACCUUCCUAACGGACCCGAGACUUUGCAUUUGGCUGAUAGAGAUAUAAAAUAUACACCACCCUGCAAAGACAUAAAAGUGGGGCUCGAUAGCAGUUCUUCUUAAACUGACAUUUGUUGUUCCCCGCUACUACAUUUUUUCCAUCACAAAGGAUUUCACAAGCAGCUGCUGAGGCUGUUAGCUCCUACUCUAGCAAACACAAGUAGAUGACUGAGAACUCGGCCUCCCAUGAUGGACAAGAAAAGUGCCAAUGGCUUUCAGUCCAAGGCCAGUGAGGGUGGUGUUCAAAGGAAGCAGCUGCCCUACUCAGUGGAGACUCCCUAUGGCUUCCACCUGGAUCUUGAUUUCCUCAAGUAUGUUGAUGAUAUUGAAAAAGGCAACACAAUCAAAAGGGUCCACAUUCAGCGCAGGGUAAAGGGCCCACCUAAAUUCAGCACUCUGCCCAGAAAUUUUAGUCUUCCUGGGCAUGGAGUAAGGCCUCCCCCAAAGGAAAAGGACAGUACUUGGUCUGGGACGUCUACCCUGGGUCCCAAGCCUAAAUCACGAGUGACAGAGGUUCAACAGAUCUUUGACUUUCGAGCAAAUGAAGGCGUGAUUUCCAGCCAGAGCUGCAGGGGGACCACAAGUCAAGGAACUGGCUAUGUUUCAACUAAACCCAAAGAUGAAGUAGGCGCGGGGGCUCGCGGUGCUGAAGACAAAACUGGGGGGAUUCAGAUUCAGAGUCGUCCAAAUCUGCUCAGAGCAUCGAGCAUGCCCAUCACGCUACAGCAGCGUAAGAGUUCAGAUUCAAGCAGUCCUGACCGUACCGUGGGAACACCAGAAAACGGCUCAACAGAGAACAUGUUCCGGGCUUCACCAGACGUAACAGAAAGACGCUGUGUUCCCCAAGAUCGAGCAGGUCUUCACCAGCAGAUUACUGUUGCACUGAAGCGGGUCAGAGAGCUCGAGGAACAGGUCAAAACCAUCCCAGAACUGAAAGCUCAGAUCUGCUCUUUGAGGGAGGAGCGGGAGCAGCUGCUUCUUCAGCUACAAGCACAAGCCAAGGCCCAGGCUUCCAAAUUAUCUGCUACAGUACCAACAGGUUACGAUUCUAGGACAAAUAAUCAAUCGCAAGGACAGAGACCUUCACAGGAGAUGAAGUUAGUCCUAAAGACUCAACCCACUGGACGUUUAGAAGACACAAGUCUUGGGCCAUCAAACCAAGCUGCAGGGAAGGAGAAACAAGGUGAGACAGAGAAAACUAACGUGUUACUAUCUGAAGUGGAGAGCUCGGCACAAGGAAAAAGUAGCAUGUCCUCAGCACAAGAAGUGGAGAGACAAUCACUGCAGCUGGACAUACUUGAAAAACAAAAAGAAACAGAGAGUCCACUGGGACAGACAGUGCAAAAACUGCCACGAGACAUUUCAGGGGAGGAAUUACUAUCUAUCACAGUGGCUUUAAAAGAAACAGAGACUGCAGCAAAAGAAGGAAAACCAAAGGAUCCAGAUGAUAUGCAGAAGUUGCAGGAGAAGCUAACAGUACUAGAGACUAAACUUAUUCAGGCUAGCCAGGAGCUAGAGAGCACUAAUGCUCUUUUGAAACAGCAAAUAGAGGAGAACAAGCUAAAAGAGGAGAGAAUACUACAACUGAGUGAGGGAACGAGAGUGGAGGUUUGCACCGCACAUGAACGUCCAAGAAGAGAGAGCAUUGACACAGGGACAGUGACAGAAAGGAUAGAUUUUACCCACCAAGAAACAGAGACAGAAUCGCCUGGUACUGUAGAUCAGGGGACAGACACUGAAAAAAUCUGCAUUGAAGUGUGCAUACCAAAACAAGAGACUAAAAGUACAGAUCAAGGACCAGUGACGGGAAAAGCUGACACGCAUGACCAGGAGACAGAGAUGGAGGCGGCGAUAACAGCGACAAGUCCACCGAGGCCCAGAGCCAACAGCAUGGAACGAGGCACACUAACCGAGAGCAUCAUCACCCUGGAUCAGAUGACCGAGACCCCCGUGGCCGAAAGGGUAAACCAAGUCACAGAAACAGAAGGCGAGAUGGUGACGGACCAUCCUCACAGACCGAGGGCCAGCAGUGUUGACAGAGGGACAGAGACAGAAAGGGUGGGCACUGUGGACAGAGUGACAGAGACAGAGGUAGCCCAGAGAGCAGACCAGCAGACUGAGACAGAGAUGGAGAGACGUCAUGACAACAACCCAGCCAGAGGUGUAGAAGCAGAGAGUCAAGUGAGUGAGAACACAGGCAGCCAAAGAGACGAAGUCGUGGUGAGUGAAAGAACAGAAGACAGGGAAACAUACGAAAGAAUUCAAAGAGAGAGUGAACGUUUAGUUGCUGAGGUUUUAUCAGAAAGCUCAGCGGCAGCUGUAGAAAGCAUAAAAACUUUAGAUGUUGUUAGGAAGAAUGAAGAGUGCGCCAGUUCGGCUGCUAAAGCAGAAGAAAAUAAGAUUAAAGUGAGUUCCGAACAAGAUGACUCAGAAACAAAAGAAAUUACAGAAGUGGUUGAAACAAGACCAGCUGCCCUACAGAGAAGAGACCAGCUGCCCUACAGAGAAGAGACUACAGAGAAGAAAGAAACAGGAGCCGGGGAGGUUAUGUCUGCAGCAGUCAAAGAAACUGUAGCCGCUGACACUGUUGCAGUAACUGAGGGGAAUUCAGCUGUGAAGACAGCAGCUCCUGUAAGACCACAAAGAGGCAGGAAACCCUCAGUGGAGCAAACUCAGCCGUCACCUCCUCAACUUCAGGUGGUGCCUGUGCGUCCUCGUAGGGGAUCCAGUGAAACUCAGACCCAGCCGCAGACGAAAACCCAGCCCCAGGUGCAGGAACAGAGUGCAGCUCAGCUUGAAGCUCGGUCCCCAGAACAGCUCUCUGAAACACAGGUAAAACAUCAAACACCGUCUGUGCCUCAGGUUGAGGACCACACUAUAGCAAAGAAACCUCCUGGAGGGUCUGGAGAGAAGCAGUCUGAAUCUCGACUUCAGUCUGAGACUCAGGCCUUGUCUCCGGGCUCUAGUGAAGUCCAAGUCAGGCCUAAAUCAAUACAAGCGCAAUCUCAAACUUCUGUACCUCGGCGGGACUCAAAAGAGCUGAAAGCACCGCAGAGGGUGUCUGGUGCAUCACACACUCCUAGACGGGGAUCGGGAGAAGCCCAGACCCAACCACCUCGCCAAGCGUCAAGCGAUGCUCAAACUCAACCUCAGGGUUCACGUAGAAGCUCCAGUGAGGCUCAGGCCUCUCCGAAAGAUGCCAGUGAGACACAGUCACUGCGCAGAGGCUCCAGUGAAGCAGCUCAGCGCCGUGGCUCCAGUGAAGCAGCUCAGCGCCGUGGCUCAAGCGAAGCCCAGGGUUCACGUCGCGACACCGGGGAGGCCCAGCCUCCUCGAAGAGGCUCCAGCGAAUCACCAACAUCGCCUGCAGCUUUGGGUCAAGUUGUAACUCGGAUAACGGGGCUGCUAGGAGAGCAGUGGGCACAUCUCGGAAGCAGCUCUGGCACUCAGCAAACAGCCAGCCAGCAGGAGAGCGCGAGCACACAGAAAAAGACGACAGGGAAAAGAGCAGAGGCUGGAAAGGCAACGUCAGCCAAGCCAGCGGGGAAAGCAGCCCCAUCAGCAGCAGCGACAGGGAAACCAGCGGGGAAACCUGGUACUUCCAAAAUGAGCUCCAUUCAGAGCCAACUGGUCAGCUCCCUCAGUGUCCUCUCUGCCUUCUACUCCCCAAGCCAGAAAGCGGCUGCUGCCAGCAAACAGCAAGAACAAGGUCUCAAAUCCAUCAUGAAGAAAAAUGGUGGAGCAGGCAAGCAGGGGAACAAGGGAGCCAAGAAAAACCUGAAGUUUGUGGGGGUGAAUGGAGGAUAUGAGACGACAUCCAGUGAAGAGUCCAGUGGAGAUGAGAAGUCAAAGGUGGAGGUAGAAGAGGAAGAUAGCUCAGAACCAGAAGUGGAGAAGGAGCCUGAGAAGGAGCCUGAGAAGGAGCCUGAGAAGCAGCCAGAGGAGGGAGCAGAAGCCCAGAGAAAAGAUGCAGAGGUCCCAACUGAGGGAGGAGGUGCUGUGGCUAAAGAGAAGGAGACUGAAAGAGGUCUGCUGGAUCCAGAAAGUAGCCAGGAGCUCCUGGAAGAGCAGGCUGGAGGGGGAAGAGUCGACAAGGGGUUUAUAGAUGCAUGCCUUUAUGUAAAGGACCGCAUGGAGGAGGUUUCAUCCCCAGAUAAAGAAAUGCGCCAGGUUUUAGUGGUGCUCUACCAGGAGUGGUUCAGAGUCUCCAGUCAAAAGGACUCGCAGGCAGAUACUGUCAGAUUAUACCUGCGACAAGUGGGGAUGACCACACCCACUCUCCUGCCAUAUGUUGUUAACUUGACAGACGGCAAUGGGAAUAUGGCUCUUCACUACAGCGUGUCACACUCCAACUUCCCUGUGGUCAAACUGCUGCUGGAUACCGGCCUGUGCGAAACAGACAAUCUCAAUAAGGCAGGCUAUACUCCAGUGAUGCUGGCUGCUCUGACGGCUGCUGAGAGCCCCGAUGAUCUUGAAGUGGCACAGCAACUGUUGAAAGUGGGAGAUGUCAACGCACGCUCCAGACAGGCGGGCCAGACAGCACUCAUGCUUGCGGUGAGCCAUGGCCGCGUUGCCAUGGUGAAGCUGCUCCUGAGCUGCGGCGCGGAUGUAAAUGCCCAGGACCGCGAGGGCUCGACGGCCCUGAUGUGUGCCAGCGAGCACGGGCACACGCACAUCGCUCGCCUGCUGCUGGAGACAGGUCGCUGUGAUACCAGCCUCAAAGAUAAGAACGGUCAGACGGCUCUGUUGGUGGCAGAAGGAGCCUCUCAACAAGACAUAAUUGACCUUCUGAAGGCCAACGCUGAGGUCCAAACCUCUGAGUCCACAAGCACCGCAGACCUCCUCUGAGUCAGAGUUCUCCAAACCAUCCCAGCUCGCCAUUCAACCGCUCAACUGCUCUGUUUCCGUUAACCGUGGCCGCCAACGUGGGGAGAAAACACUGAAAUAAACACACGGUGGUACCGCACACAUCAUAAGACGUGGCAGGAGCUUUUCUUCCACGUCUAUGCCAGUAAUGCUGGUGGGUGUCGAUGGAUAUGCUGCAUCAACCGCUCAGGUCCACUGCUGAGGGUCCCGACAGCCUGAUGAGAAGACGUUUCCACAGUGUCAUGUGUGACUGACGGGAUGUUAAGUAGGACACAGGGUGAGACUAUAAAGCAGGACAACACAUUGGGUGGCCUAGCAAGUGGACAGAGAGAGCCUCUGAACUGCUGCUUCCUAUCAUCAGCUAACUCUUAAAGCAAAAUACUAAGCACAUGACCUACCUUUGCAAAUAUAGAAUAUGAAAUAAUACAUUAUUUCUAUUUUUUUCCCUUUCAUGACAUUGAAAUCAGUCUUUACGUAUUUGGACAUAAGCCAUUAUUGAGGACAUACUUUAUGUAGAAUAGAUUAUAAUCACAAAAACUGUAUUUUCUACUGCACUUUUUUUUUUAAUUGUUGAUGUGUUUCGUAAAUAGUCCUCUAUAAUAUUGGUGUCCAGAUGAAAUUAUAUAUCUCCGAAAAGCAUUCAUUAGGAAUUUAAAUAACAGAAUAUAACUUAUAACAGAAUAUAUUUGACAUUCAGUGUAUCGUUUUUGCCGUACUACCCAUCGCUUUUCACAUGUGGGACAUGGGUGCUCAUCAGCUGUGUGUUAAUGACAAACAAAUCCUUUCUGUGGGACAUUAAACUAUUUUUUAUAACCACAACAUGACCAGGCUGAAGAAAGACAACGCUCUUCUGUUAUGAAGAUUGUACUGCAUGCCAAUACGUUUACUCCCCCUACUGGCUGUCUUAUAGUACUAAACAGCAGUAUGUUGUAGUACUGUCUGUUCUCAUAGCGACUCUCUCUUUCUCUGCAUCUCCCGCCUUCAGUUCAAAUAUAUUGUAUGCCUUGUUCGCCUACUCGUUUUAAAAUCAAACCAUGUAUGCAACUGCUACAAAAUGCACAAUGAAUGUCAGGCUGGCUGUGACACAUUCCAGGAAAUUAAUGUAGCAAGUUUAAAUACACUGGCAUGGGCUUUACGACUAACAGACACAGACUGUCAGUGGAUGCGGCAGACAUUGGAAUGAGUCUGGUUAUAUAUAUUACGCGUGGCGAGACACAUCGUCUCGUCCUUGCUUUCGUGAGGUCUCAUUUCAUAAACGGUAAGACAACAUGGUAAAUCUGACCCAAGGUUUGGGUUGAAGGUAGGGCUGGGACUUGGGUUUGCGUUUUAAGAAGCAAUAGCAAUUGAAUACUACCUUACUGUCAGUCAUAAAGUAGGUCGAGUGAGUGACCUUGGUCGAGCCUUAAUCAGAAAACACAAGACAUAAGAUGUUUUCCACAGUGUUGAUGUUUUUGUACCGCAAACCUACGUUCGUAUUCCCGAGCUAAUAUGAAGCAGGAGUAGCGGUCUUUAAAAUAAAGUUUACAGUUUCCCACUCAGUGACCGCUGCUGAUGUCAAACAGUCCCGUAUGUUUACAGUUAAAUGAAAUGCUGAAAUGAUACAACAGAAUGGCAUAAAAUGAUCUGUAAUAUAACAUUAUUAUUAUUAUUAAUUUUAGAUAAUUCAUGUAGUUCAUGGACUGCAAAGGAAAUAGGGGGAGUAAGCCUAAAUUAGAAAAGAAAAUUGAUAGGCAAAUCGAUCAAGUUCAUUGUAAGCCUCUCUUUUCACCUGAUUAUGAUCAUAUUUAUGACUACUCUGAUCUUUGUUCUCUUUUUUAAAGAGUUGGAGGUGGGAUUUAAAGGGGAAUACCACUUACUACUUUAACAACUGCCAUAUAUGUGACCUAUGACCAUGAUCCAGUCUGAAUUUACAAAAGAAAAAAAGCUACACUCCAAACAGCUAACAAAAGGAAACGCUGAACAUUUUUCUAGCAUACAGACAAAUCAAACCUAUCAGCUGUUAUUAUCAUUUAUUAAUAAAACUGGAUUAGCAGUUGAAUAUUUGUGGCCAUAGUGAUACAUCAUGUCAUUGGAAUACAUUACCAUUUUGUCUUAAUUGGUAUUAAUUUGGGGGGUUUUUUGCAGUGGGGUUUGUCAUUCUAGUUAAUGUUUUCGGACACAAAUAUAAAAAUAUGUAGACUGACCAUGACGCAGGACUCAUUUUAAAUGAAGUAUAUUAUAUAGAUCUAUAUACUUUGACUUAUAUAGUACAUUUACACAAGAAAAUACUUUUUUUCACACUGACUUAGUAAUCAGAUAAGUAUUUGUGGGGGCUCACAAAGUAGCACAGGUUCUCUCCACAACGACGCUGCAUUCACACAACAUCAGUAAAUCUCAAUGUUAACUCUGUGCAGCGCAUCUGAUCAUCACUGACUGUCUGUGUAUGAAGGAACAAAAAUAAGAGUCUGUACAGCCGUAGCUUCCUGCAUUGCAGACAGCCAAAGGAUGAUCGGGAGGGCGCUGCAAGAAUUAUCUGGUGAAUCUGGUCUUCCGUGCCUGCGUAUAAGUCUCUAUGAAAAUCUAUAUGUUUAAUCCCCUGUGACCCAGAUAUUAUAAGGUUUCACAUGAGCACCAAAGAAUUGAAACCAAAUCUGUUUCACACGGGACUAAAUAUGUAUGUUAUCUGUUCCUGUAAAUCCAGCCAAAUAUAUGUAUAUGUACAUACAGUAUUGUGAAAAGUAUAUAACAAGUAUUGUCUGACAGUUUGCUCUAAGAUUACAGUAUUUAUUCCAAAUGCUAUAUUUUUUAUCGUAUAAUAUACCUAUGUAUGCAUGGACAAAUAUUCAAGUGAUACAGCUCAAUGGGAAUUUUGAAUGACUGAAAACUGUACUGAGUAUACCCUGAUGAUGUGAUCAUUUAACUUAUCUUUCAUCGGUUGGGUGGUUAUAGUACAUAGUGUGAUUUGACGAGGUUGUGGACUGUCAUGUGUCCUUUAAUGCUACUCUUGACAUUUCAGAUCUGACACUGACUUAAGCUAUGAGAGCAACGUCUCCCUUGUUUGAAUAUCAAAGUGGAAAUCCGAGCCGACGUACAUGACAGAGUCAAAUGUAAAAAGUUGUACCUCUCUGUAAGAUUCCUUGUACAACAGGCUUGUAUGUUACAAACCAGAGAAUUAAUUCUAAAUAAAUAAAUGAUAAACUCAU